CAUUUUCCCUGUGAAUUACAGCAGUCAAUUCGUGGUUAAAAGCUAUGGCAUUUGAGCUCAUUCAGCACAUAUCUUACUCCCAUUCCAUAGGGAAUGAGCUGGUCUGUCUUUGCUCACCAUGUCCACCUGCACUUCGUUAGAGAGCAGAACACGCACAUGCCACACCACAAGAGCCCCACAGUGACAUAACUCCAUUCAGACUGGCGUGACUGUGCUGGUCCCCCCCCACCCUCCUCAGCUCUUGUAUCACUAAGAAUCUGGCAGUCAGUUUCUUCCUGACAGAGUUCACAGCAUAUAUUGGUGGAUUCUUGUCCAUAGUGCAUCUGCUUUAAGAAUUAACAAAAGCAGUGUCAAGACAGUAAGGAUUCAGAGCAUUUGCUGAAAAUGAGUCGAGGUGCACUUAUUUUCUUCUUGGCAUUGACUAGUAGUGCCAGUGGGCAGUACGACGAUUAUGAUUACUACCCCGCCUUUAUGAGUUCGUCACCAAACUGUGCUCCAGAAUGCAAUUGUCCAGAAAGCUACCCAACUGCCAUGUACUGCGACAAGCUGAAGCUGAAAAGUGUGCCAAUCAUUCCUCCUGGAAUCAAAUAUCUUUACCUUAGGAAUAACCAGAUUGAUCAUAUUGACGAAAAGGCCUUUGAGAACGUAACUGACCUGCAGUGGCUUAUUCUAGAUCACAAUCUUCUAGAAAACUCCAAGAUAAAAGGCAAAGUUUUCUCUAAACUGAAACAACUGAAGAAGCUGCAUAUAAACUACAACAAUCUGACAGAGUCUGUGGGCCCACUUCCCAAAACUCUGGAGGAUCUGCAGCUUACUAACAACAAGAUCACGAAGCUGGGCUCCUUUGAGGGACUGGUAAACUUGACCUUCAUCCACCUUCAACACAAUCAGCUGAAAGAGGAAGCCAUUUCAGCUGCUUUUAAAGGUCUUAAGUCCCUUGAGUACCUUGACUUGAGCUUCAACCAGUUGUCCAAGCUUCCAUCUGGCCUCCCUGUGUCUCUUCUAACUCUCUACCUAGACCACAACCAGAUUAAAAACAUUCCUGAUGAGUAUUUUAAGCGUUUUAAUGCACUACAAUACCUGCGUUUAUCUCACAAUGAACUGGCUGAUAAUGGGAUACCUGGAAAUACUUUUAAUGUAUCAUCCCUGCUUGAGCUGGAUCUCUCCUAUAAUAAGCUUAAAAGUAUACCAAAUGUUAAUGAAAACCUUGAAAACUAUUAUUUGGAGGUCAAUCAACUUGAAAAGUUUGACGUGAAGAGCUUCUGUAAGAUCCUGGGACCAUUAUCCUACUCCAAGAUCAAACAUUUGCGCUUGGAUGGAAAUCUCCUAACCCAAAGCAGCCUGCCACCUGAUAUGUACGAAUGUCUACGUGUAUUGAAUGAAAUCACCAUUAACUAAUAUCUGUUCAUUCCAACUAUAUUGAAGUAUAUCCUGGAGUGAUACUUCAUGGUAAACUUUUUUGUGUGUAAGUUUUUCAUAGUAUCCAUUUUUGUCGCUGUUUAUUAAUUCCAUUAAUUUUAAAUUCUGAGGGAAAAUGUUUUGUAAACAUUUCCUACUUUUAUUUUAAAAGAUGAAAAGCAGGCCUAUUUCAUCAAAAGAACACAUAUACAUACACGCACAUGCACACACAAAUAGACACUAAACUCAAUGGUUUGUUCGUUAAUGUAUUGUUUACUGUGUCUGUAUUGUCCAAAGACAUGCAAAGCCUUUUACUUCUAGCAUGGAAGUCAACCGAGUUCCAUAACCUUUAAGUGGUAAGUUAAUGUACUCAAAUCAUGGGCUAAAUGGAUAUUUGUCACCUUCACCCAGAUUUUCUUACUAUAUUUAAAUUUGUUUUAGUGAAAAAUAAAUGGCAGAAUUUGAGUCAGCAAUUUUUGCAAAAUGCUAAACAAAAUGUGUGAAGGAAAGUGUACCUAAACAAAGUAUUUUAAGUAUUAAGAAUUUACUUAUUUACAUAGCAAACCUUUCUAUGAUUAUUUUU